GUAAAACUGUCUCGUAAACCACAUCCUACCAGAUAACACACAGUGUCUCAUCAGUUAGGAUUAGAAGCCGAUAUCAAACCAAUAAUGUCGAUAGUUAAUCCUAUGAUCGUCACUUACUGCACUCUAUUUCUGUGUCUUUUCACGCUUUCAUUUUCCUUCUCUCAUGUUCAUGCAACUUCUUCAUCAUCAGAUUCCCUUUGUGACAUAACUCCUCAUCCAGAUUUCUGUCGUUCUCAACAACCUGCAAACAAAUCCACCAACAUCCAUGAUUUCGGAAGGUCCGCCUUUCAGAAAGCCUUGUCAGCAUCCAUUGCAUUGCGCAACUCCAUCAAUAAAAUUCCUCACUCAUCCAAAACCAUAGCUUUAGCACUUGAAGAUUGCCAAUUCCUCCUCGACAGAAAUGUCGACAUUUUAUCAACCAUUGUUCUAACUCUCAAAAACAAAGAUACCCUUGAGAGAAAAGAAUAUGAGGAUUUACACACGCAUCUCAGCGCAACCAUAACCAACAAACACACUUGCUUAGACAGCCUAAUCUUCGCGGCUUCAUCGUCAUCUUCCAUUGUGAAAGACAUUUCACCUCCCCUUUCUAAUGGCUCCAUGCUUUGUAGCAUUUCUCUUGCAUUCUUCAAGCAUGGAUGGGCCCCUCCGGGUACCAAAUCCAGGUCACUUGAAGAAUCAUUCCCUCUUUCCUCGUCGUCAUCUUUCCACAGGAAGCUUCUGCAACUAAACGGUGUUAAAAUUAUCAAAAGGGUAACAGUGAAUCCUGAUGGAAGUGGUAAUUACACAACCAUUAGUGAUGCAGUUGCUGCAGCACCAACCAAUAUUCAAUAUGGGCAAGGAUAUUACUUGAUUCGGGUUGCUGCCGGAGUAUAUCAAGAGUAUGUGACCAUUGAUUCCAACAAAAUGUAUCUGAUGAUGGCUGGUGAUGGAAUCGACAAAACCAUUAUCACUGGGAAUCAUAGUUAUGAUGAUGGUUGGUCAACCUUCAACUCUGCUACAUUUGCUGUGAAUGGACAAAGGUUCAUAGGAGUGAAUCUCACAAUUAAAAACACGGCAGGAGCAGCAAAGCACCAAGCCGUGGCCCUUCGAAACGACGCCGAUUUUUCGGUGUUUUACCAAUGCAGUUUUAUAGGUUACCAGGCUACACUAUACGCACAUUCAAUGAGGCAGUUUUACAGGGAAUGCGACGUUUACGGAACCGUGGAUUACGUAACCGGAAACGCAGCUGUGGUUUUACAACACUGUAACAUUUACUCAAGGCUCCCACUUCCAGGCCAAUUCAACACCAUUACUGCCCAAGGUAAAACCGACAUAAACCAAAACACCGCCACAACUAUUCACGAUUGUAACAUCAAGGCCGCCGCUGAUUUGGCAUCGAAUAUCGGCACGACACAAACGUACCUUGGAAGGCCAUGGCAAACGUAUUCCACAACUAUUGUUAUAGAAUCGUACAUGGAUAACCUGAUUAACCCUGCGGGUUGGUCCAUCUGGUCUGGUAAUCAGUCAUUGGAUACGUGUUAUUAUGCCGAGUAUAAUAACACGGGUCCUGGAUCCAGUACCGCGAAUCGGGUCACUUGGCCCGGGUAUCACAUCAUUACUGAUGGAGCUAAUGUUCUUAAUGUCACGGCCUCCGGUCUCAUAUUAGGAGACUUUUGGUUGCCUUCUACGACAGUUCCUUAUACCAGCAAUUUACUCUAUUAUCCUUAGAAAAUCUAAUCAUGCAUGAUGCAUCCAACCCAUUGCACGUAUUAAAGGAUUUCUCCUUUUCCUUUUCUUUCUUAGUUGGAUUAAUGUAAGCUCCCAGAAAUUUGAAUCCUGGAGAUUCAGAAUUGAGAGA